UAGGUAGGCCGCGGCUAUGGCCCGGCCUAAGUCGUCCGGGAGCCGGAUGGACAGACAGCUGGAGCAUGAUGUGUGCGAGCUUGUCCGGCAGGUUACGGGGCUGCAGGACGAGGCGGACCCCAACUUCCAGCUGGCCCUGGACUUCGUCUGGUCCAACUUCAGAUUUCAUCGUUUCUUGGAUGUCAACAGUCACAAAGUAGAAAAAACAAUAGAAGGAAUUUAUGAAAAAUUCACCAUUCAUUCUGAUAUCAACAAAGCUGCUAGUUGGAAGAGAUUAACUAAGGAGUUUCUAAAUGCAUCUCUUCCCAGCACAGAGAAAAUAAAGACAGAUGCACAUUAUUCCAUACUGUCACUCCUUCUGUGUCUGUCUGACUCUCCUUCAAACAGCAAUUAUGUGGAAACACCGAGAGAAAAAGAAGUGGAAAAGAAGGAUGAUUUUGACUGGGGGAAGUACCUGAUGGAAGGUGAAGAAAUUGGCCUUGGUCCAGAUAUUGAUACGCCGAAUUGGUCUGAAGACAGUGAUGAUGAAGAUGCACAGCAGCCCUUGAGCAGAGAAGACUCUGGGAUACAGGUAGACAGGACCCCAUUAGAAGAGCAAGACCACAACAGAAAAGGGGGGCCUCAAGUCUGCUGGGAAGAUGAGCCAGAUAGCCGGAGCUGGCUGGAACAGCAUGUAGUCCAUCAGUACUGGACAACCAGGCGCUUCCGAAUUCCACACAGUACACAUUUGCACUCCAAUUUAGCUGCUGUCUGGGACCAGCACCUGUACAGCAGUGAGCUGCUGUAUGUUCCAGAUGACAGGGUGGUGGUUACUGAGACACAGGUCAUUCGGGAAACCCUAUGGUUACUUUCAGGGGUGAAAAAGAUGUUUAUAUUUCAGUUGAUAGAUGGGAAGGUAACUGUGAGAAACAAUAUUAUUGUAACUCACUUGACACAUAGCUGUUUACGAUCUGUGCUGGAACAAAUAGCAGCAUAUGGCCAGGUUGUGUUUCGGCUCCAGGAGUUCAUUGAUGAAGUCAUGGGGCACAGCUCUGAAAGACCACCACCAGGAAAUGGCCCCAUACCUAAGAAGCAACCUGACGCUCCCUUUAGAACCUACCAGGCCUUCAUGUGGGCCCUCUACAAAUACUUCAUUAACUUCAAGGAAGAGCUUACAGAGAUUGAGAAGUGUGUCAUCAGUAGUGAUACAACCAUAACACUUGCAAUAGUGGUGAACAAGUUGGCACCUCGAUUGGCGCAGCUAAAGGUCCUGGACAAAGUGUUUAGUACUGGAGUGGCAGAAGUUCCACCUGAUACUCGAAAUGUCGUCCGGGCAUCUCACCUGCUUAACACCCUGUACAAGGCCAUUCUUGAAUAUGACAAUGUUGGAGAAGCCUCUGAACAAACUGUCUCCCUCCUGUUCUCUCUCUGGGUGGAAACAGUGAGGCCCUACCUACAGACUGUAGAUGAAUGGAUCGUCCAUGGACACCUAUGGGAUGGUGCAAGGGAAUUUAUCAUACAGAGGAAUAAAAACGUUCCAGUAAAUCACAGAGACUUCUGGUAUGCAACGUACACACUCUAUAGUGUAUCUGAGAAGACAGAGAAUGAAGACAAAGUGAGUGACAGUGCCAGCGCCAGCUCUGGCAGUGACCAGGGCCCCUCGAGCAGACAGCACACCAUGGUGUCCUUCCUGAAGCCUGUCCUGAAGCAGAUCAUAAUGGCUGGCAAGUCAAUGCAGCUGCUGAAGAACCUCAACUGUGCAGAGGGCCCUGCGUGCCAGGCAGCAGCCAGAGAUGCAGAAAGAAAAAGCUUAUAUACCCUCUUUCUGGAAUCUAUACAGUUACGUCUUCAACAUGGAGAAGAUUCUGCUCCACACAUUCUUAAUGAAGAUCAAACAACCAAAGAGAACCUUAUAAAGAUGCAGUCCAUUGCUGAAAGGCAUCUUGAGCUAGAUGAUAUUCAUGACCCACUGUUGGCCAUCAACUUUGCAAGGUUGUAUUUGGAGCAGAGCGACUUUCAUGAGAAGUUUGCUGGUGGUGACAUAUGCGUGGAUAGAUCAUCAGAGUCUGUGACCUGCCAGACUUUUGAAUUAACACUGAGGUCUUGCCUCUAUCCUCACAUUGAUAAACAGUAUCUACAUUGCUGUGGGAAUCUCAUGCAAACCUUAAAGAGAGAUUUCAGCUCACAUUUCAUCCUUGAUGGAAACCAAAGGAGGAACCUGGAGGCAAGAGCUGAAGCAGAGAGAAACACUUCUUUGACUUGCUCCCCUUGGCUUGCUCAGCCUACUUUCUUAUCUAACCCAGGACCACCAGCCCAGAGGUGGCAUGGUGUACAGUGGGCUAGGCCCUCCUUAUCAGGUGUGAAUCAAAAAGAAGACCCUGGCAGACUUGCCUACAGGCUGGUGGAGUACUUGCAGGCCAUGAGGAAUUUUUUCUUGAUGGAAGGUGGAGACACCAUGUAUGACUUCUAUACUUCAAUUUUUGAUAAAAUAAGAGAAAAGGAAACCUGGCAGAAUGUGUCUUUUCUUAAUGUGCAGCUCCAAGAAGCAGUAGGACAGCGCUAUCCUGAAGACAGUUUACGUUUAUCUAUAUCGUUUGAAAAUGUUGAUUCAACAAAGAAGAAACUACCCGUUCAUAUCUUAGAUGGUCUUACCCUAAGCUACAAGGUCCCAUGGCCUGUGGACAUUGUUAUAAGUGUAGAGUGUCAAAAAAUUUAUAAUCAGGUGUUCCUUCUCCUAUUGCAAAUAAAAUGGGCAAAAUACAGCCUGGAUGUUCUACUAUUUGGUGAACUGGGUAAUGCUGCUGAAAGAUCCCAAGCAAAGGAAGACAUUCCACGUGAUCAGGACACAACCUCCCAGUUUGGACCACCAAAAGAGUCAUUAAGACAGCAGAUUCAUCGCAUGUUUCUCUUAAGAGUGAAGCUCAUGCACUUUGUGAAUAGUUUACACAACUACAUCAUGACCAGGAUUCUUCACAGUACAGGGCUGGAGUUUCAGCAUCAAGUUGAGGAAGCCAAAGAUUUAGAUCAGUUGAUUAAAAUUCACUACAGGUAUUUGUCAACCAUCCAUGAUCGAUGUCUGCUGAGAGAAAAGGUCAGCUUCGUGAAAGAAGCCAUCAUGAAAGUGUUGAACUUGGCGCUAAUGUUUGCAGAAGGUUGGCAGGCAGGCCUAGGGGCUUGGCAAAUGGAAUCGAUAGAGAAAAUGGAAUCUGACUUUAAAAACUGCCACAUGUUUCUGGUAACCAUCUUAAAUAAAGCUGUGUGUAGAGGGUCUUUUCCCCACUUGGAAUCUCUUGCACUGUCGCUCAUGGCUGGCAUGGAGCAAAGUUAAAUAUCUCUAAUUUAACAAGUACCUUAGACUUCAGCAUCAUCCAUGUACAUAUUCACUGUUUCCAGCUGAGAAAUAAGAAUCUGUUUAUUUUUAUUUAUUUUUAUUGUUAAACCUGUCUAGACAAAUGGAUUAUAGGUAUUUUUCGAGUAUUAUCGAGAGUUAUGUAUAUAAUAUUGUAUAUCUAAUUGUAAAAUAUAUAGGAGUUGUAUAAAAAUAGACUACUAAUAUUUCUUUUCUUCUAAAAGAUUGACUUAUUUUAAUGUAUAUGAGUAUUUUGCCUGCUUGUAUAUAUGUACAUACUUGGUGCUCAGAAGCAAUAAAAGAACAUCAGAUACCCUGUAAGUUUUACAUUUCCUCUUACCUAAAAGUUGUCUUAGAUUUCACUAUCCUGGAAGUAUUUUUAUGUGCAUAGAAAAUCCCAAAAGAAAAAUAACAACCAAUAUCAAUAUAUAAACUGUACUUUACUUAAGGCCAGCUGUUAUAUAUCGAUUUUUGGCAUUUAUUAGCUAACCAGUAAUAUCUCAAAUAAAAGUAUGUAUAUCAUCCCAUUUUUAUAUUUCAUGUGUAUUUCUUAGUGGGCACUGUAUGAGAACAGAUGG